GUUACAUGGGCGUUAUCAUUAUCACACAUGGCCCUUUGCACGGUGUGUGUUGUUAUUGCCGAAGUAUAAAAGCCACAGUGGGCCCAAAGGCGCUACAUAUUCGUACCCGAGCUUCCAAGGGUCCGACGUCGAGAAAUAUGUCUUUCAAAGUCGUUCUCUUCGCAUGUGUGGCCUCAGUCUGCCAGGCUGCAGGCAUCCUUGCCCCUGUCGCCUACGGCGGCUAUCCUUAUAACAACUAUCCGGCCCAACCGGCCAUCGCCACGCACCAGUCAAAUAUACUGAGGUCGCCUUUUAACCUUGGACAGAUAUCAACAUAUUCAAAGGCAAUCGACACACCAUUCUCAAGCGUGCGCAAAUCCGAUGUGCGCGUUAGCAACCCUGGACUAGCGGUCGGUGGGCUCGGCUUGGCGUCGGCGUACCAUGCCGUAGCUGCGCCACUGGUGUCACAUGUUGGCGUUUCUCCGUAUGCUGCUCCUGUUGCUAAAGUAGCAACAGCUGGCGGGCUUCUCGGCGUAGCAUAUUCCGCGGCUCCCGCUGUCUCCCACAUGACCUACAGCAACGGACUUGGCCUGACCUACGCAUGGUAGACCUACGCUCUGUAAUUUCUGGACAAACGAUGAU